CUCCUCUGCACUGCAUUGUUGCUGACUUUGGCAACCGCAUUGAAAAUUCACGAUUUCGAACAUCACGAAUAUGAACAUCACAAGGAACCCGAAGAAUCGGAACAUCAUCACGAGAUCGAACACAAGCAUGCCACCUCCCAUCAAAGCGUCAAAUUCCAUCACUACCAUCCAGUACCGGUCUAUAUCAAGGACAAACAUCUGCUCAAGAAUCCCAUCGAAAUCGGUGGCACAAAACAGAAAUUGAAAAUUUUGCAUCCGGAAACCGAACACAGUCACAAUCAUGGUUUGGUUUUGGAAGAGGAGAGCGAGUCGCAUUUCCACGAUCAUGGACAUCACGAAAUCGAACAUCAUGAACCACAUUUGGAACACUACGAGCACUAUCAUCAUGAAUAAGUAAAGGUGCGAGGAAGUCUGAGUUAGAGGGUAGGCAGAGCAAGUUAUGAAGUGAAUCGGAGUGGUUGUGAAGGCAAGCUUAAAAGCGGACAUCGAUAGCAUGCGUAUACAUAUGUACUCAUGCGACCACUUUAAGGCAAUCGAUCGCGUAGAGAAGGAAGUAUGUUUUUGCGUUCUGUGGAGUAGUAUUUGGUAAAGCUGUGGUUCACCCGGUUACUGUGUGUUUUUUGUAAUAUUUUAAAGAUAAAGUGGUCACGUUGUUUUUGUUUUUUGAUGGAGCAUGUUUAGUAGUAGUCCUUAAAGUAACAAAAUCAUAUUUUUUAUGUGUGUGUAUGUAAAAAAAAAAAAUAUGUAUGUACGUGAGAGAGCCU